AUGACGCUGGAAGUGCAGUAUCAUCUCGAAGUAAAGCCUACACCAUUCGUAGAUUCUCCUCCAUUCUCAUCAACCAUCAUGUUUCGAAUCGUCCAUGUGCAUCGCCGAUACAUCGAGGUUGAAGAUGAUGAGAUGUACGUGCUCUCCCCCGAAGAUAGGAAACUCGUGGGUAAUCCUUCCAUUGAAAUUAAUAUUGACCCCUUCGGACGCCGUGAAAUUGCAAAAAUCACCGGUCUGCUCUAUGAUUUCGGCAUUCCCCUGCUUAUCGGCUACAAAAUUGUGCGGAGAAUUCGUAGGUAUGUGAUGACGACGAUUCCCCUUCUCGUGGAAGUCGAAAAGAUUACGACCUAUGUACAUAGGUAUGGUGAGAACCCAAACAUUACCAGAAUUAUAGAUGAUAUAAGGGCGAUCCGCAGCUUGUCGGAACCUAAAACCACCCCUGCCGCCAAGUCCGCCAUUGAAGCUCUGCAGAAAUUCGUCUACGAUGAACAAGAUGAUGAUUGUAAAAGUAAACAACAAUGCACCAUAUGCAUCGAAGAUUUCGUUCGAGGAUCUGAGCUCAAUAAGAUGCCUUGCUCGCAUCUUUUCCACUCGAACUGCAUCGUCGAAUGGUUGCAAGUCAAUCACACUUGCCCUCUCUGCCGCUAUCCCCUUCCCUGCGAAUCUUGA